AUGGCAACAGACGACAUGACGAUCCCGCAACACGUGGGCAUCUCAGAGGCACCCCGCGAUGUUGAAGCCAUCAAGAAGCAAGAAAAGGCUGCUCUACUGCCACACUGGGAUUCUGGCGUCGCGUUCAAACUAGGUUACAACCUCCGCACACGCCUGCUUACCUUUGAACGACCGGCUGUUGUAGAUAUCUCUACCAUCAGCACACCAGGCCAUGUGCUUUUCCACGCCGUGAGUACCAUGAUCAACUUCGUCGUAACGCACUCCGGCACUGCUCUAGACAACGAUUUCUGGGUUAGCCGGAAACGCGCAGCUGUCAUUCGCUUCAAUGCGAGUACAUGGCGUCUGCAGAACCAAUUUGAGGGCGACGAGGAGAAGUUCAAGGCAAAGAUGGGACUGGGCGAGACGGCCAAAGACUAUGCAAUCCAUGGUGGUGGCGUGCCUAUCUACAUCAAGAACUGCGAUGGGCCUGUUGCGGUAGUCGUCGUGAGUGGGUUGAAGCAGUGGGAUGACCAUCAAGUUGUGAUUGAGGAGCUGGGAAAGCUUUGCAAAGAGAUGGAGAGCGGAAAUGGCGGAACGCCGAUCUAG